AUGGCAAAUAGUGGACUAGCUCUUGAUUGGGCAAUAUCACAAGGUGCAAAUGCAAUUGAAAAUGAUCUUCAUUUUGAUAAAAAUGGAAAUCCUACUAAAUUUGAACAUGGUGGUAUUUGUGACUGUUUCUGUGCUAUCAGUGACGAUCAUAUAUGUAAUACAGUUGAGUCAGAUUGUGCAGGUAGUAAGGCUAGUGAAAAUGUUACAACUCAUCUGCAACAUAUUGCGAGACUUCAAAGUGUUGCUCUUAUUUUUAUCGAUUCGAAAGUCGAUGCAAGAAUGGGAAAAACACUUGCUAAAGCUGGUUCAGCUGUCAUUCAUUUCUUAGAUAAACAUCUUUUUGCUAAUGAUUACCAAGGAAAAGUCAUAAUUUCCUCAGCAAAAAUUGACACAUCUGAUUAUCUUCGAGUGGCAGCCGCAGCAGCAAAUUCUUCAUCGUAUAAGGAGCGUUAUUUCUUUACAUUCGAUCAAGAGAAUAAUGAUUACGCUCUUGUGAUGGCAACACUAUCUCGUUUCACAAACAAUCGAGUUUAUGGAACUGGUACUUCUUCUUGCCUUCCAGAAAUAUUUCAUUCUGGAAUAAAAGCUGGUGUUCAAGAGAAAAAAAAACGAUAA